AUGCGCCGUGGUGGAGAAUGUGGCAAGUCGCCUAAAACUCGAGCCAGCGUGGGUAGUGGGCCUGCCAAUGGAUGCGGCUGGGCUUUAGCGCAACGCCCACUCUCAACGUCAAGAACGGCCCAUUCGGACCGAAACGGAGGCCGAGGCCGGACACGGAGAAGGGCCCCGGUCAACCGGGUGUUCAACGUGGGCCUAUGA